AUGGCUACACGCAUGGGUGAGGAUUCAGUUGAUUACAGUUCGCCUCUCGAGCAUGCGGAUCCUGCAGAGAAGUUUAAAGGCGAGGUCGUCCACGUCUGUUUCUUCAAGCUCAAAGCGAAUGUCAUGCAAAACGAAACUCAAUCUUUGAUCUCGAAACUCAAAAAUCUAGCUAAUGCGAUGCCCUCCACCGUAUUACAAGUAACAUCUGGCUCUAACAUCAAGAUCCGCCCCGAUUAUCUUGUGUUUUCCCAUUCUUUUGUCGCUCGUUUGGCCUCAGAAUCUGCCGUGAAGAACUUCUAUGGUCAUCCUUCUUAUAAAGAGGUUGUGGCUGAAAUCAAACAAUCGAGCACGCUUUUCGUUGAAGCCGAUUUUCUUCCAGUGGAUUAUCAUUCACUCGGGUCAAUGUAA